GUAGCACUCCCGCACCCACUACUGCCUCUCCCACACCAGGUAACACUCAACUACUUGAUAUAUUUACUAUUGUAGUGGUGAAGGUAGCACUCCCACACCCACUACUGCCUCUCCCACACCAGGUCGGGAGGAGGGUUAUAUGAGCGCAGGUGGGCGCGGCCUCUUGCCACUCUCCCACACAAUAUAACCUUGCCUACUGCUGCUGCUGCCGCUGCUACCAUCACUAAAACCUGCUUCAACACCUUCACCACUGCUACCACAUCAUCACCGCCUCUACCAUUUAUUUCAAGCCUGGUAGCGUGUAUUCGUGAAGCAAAAUAAGUGCUAAGUGAUUAAAUAAGUGUUUGUGUGUGCCAGGAGUGAGUUGGCUUGUGCAUUGUGAACCUCGGCGAGAGUUUUAAGUGAUAAGUGAAAGUGUACGUAGUGUUGUUAUUAAGUGUAGUGGAUCACUUCCCACCACCAUGACCACCACCUUCGACCCGCACGACAGAGCCAGUUGGUACUUUGGACAGAUGUCAAGGCAGGAUGCGACGGACCUGUUGAUGGGUGAGAGAGAAGGUGGCGUCUUCUUGGUACGAGAUUCUACCACCAUCUUGGGCGACUUUGUCCUCUGUGUAAGAGAAGACAACAAAGUUUCACAUUAUAUAAUAAACAAGAUACAACAAGCUGAACAAGUUCGCUAUCGUAUUGGUGAUCAGAUGUUUCCAGACUUGCCAUCGCUUCUCAAUUUUUAUAAACUGCAUUAUCUAGAUAGCACGCCCCUCAUCCGACCAGCAGUCAAGCGUUGUGAAAAGGUUGUAGCAAAAUAUGACUUUGAAGGCAGUGAUCAAGAUGAUCUGCCAUUCAGAAAAGGAGAAAUAUUAACUAUUGUUAGUAAAGAUGAAGAACAGUGGUGGACAGCCAGAAAUUCCAUGAAUCAGACUGGCUCCAUACCAGUACCCUAUGUUCAGAAGUAUGAAGAAGGAGAGAGUAUUGCCAUGAACUCGACCCCAAACAGAGGUAGCACACAAUCUACUGAAGGUACUCCACGUCCUAAACCAAGUCUUCAGCGAAAAUUACCGGCCUAUGCACGAGUGAAGCAAGCCCGAGUUCCCAAUGCUUAUGAUAAAACUGCUCUUAGACUGGAGGUCGGUGAUGUUAUUAAAGUAACAAAGAUGAACAUCAAUGGGCAGUGGGAAGGUGAACUUAAUGGAAAGGUUGGACACUUCCCCUUUACACACGUAGAGUUCAUUGACAGUGAAAAUUCAGUGGAUGGAGAUCCAAAUUAAGAUGCAUUAAAGAACUGUGUUAGGAUUGUGUAUUCUAGAUUUUUAUUUUCUUAGGAGUAAUGUGAUGUGAGUAUGUAUCUAAAGAAUAAAUGUAAGUGAUACACUGAUAAAGUUGGAUGUGUGAUAUUCUGGGCAUCUUUUUUAUCUAAUGCAAAAUGGUAAUGUCAUAUGUGAUUAAAGUUUUAAAGGUUUGAAUGAAGGAUUAGAUCCUGAUUGGGGGAAAUCAUACUAAUUGCACUCAAUUUUUAUGGAGUUUUAUGAAAACAACAAAAUGCUUAGUAUAUUCAGAAUUUUAUAUAUGACCUAAGUGGUCUAGUUGCUUAAAUAAAAUAUAGGAAAUUUUUUAAUUGCAUGGGUUGAGUUUUAUCAAUAAAGUAUUCAGUCUUUUAUGCACUUUAAUACUUUGGCAGCAAAGGGCAUCACUCUUCCAGUCUCUGCAUCAACUCCUUCAUUAUACUUGUGAUUAGACAAAAAAAAAUUGAUUGGGAGAAAUUAUUGACUUGAUAUUACUCUUUAUGAGUCACACUUUAAUAUAUAGGGAUAAUAAAAUCAAAUAUGUUGCCUUUAAAACAAAUUUUGUUGCACAUAAAUUGCACAAGUCUUUUAAUCAGCAACUCUCCAGAAUAAUUCUGGAAGUUUUCUUCCACAUUU